CUCGGAGGACAAGGCGGGGAAUGAUGGUCGGGCGCGGCGGGAACAACAACAGCGUGUCGGCGUCGUUGACGCUCAAGAGACUGGUUGUGAGCGCUCCGAAGGAGGAUUGGCCGAAACCGCCUUCGUUUGUCGGCGGUGGUCUGGGGAUGAAAAGGUGCGAGGCCGGGGCUCCGGCGUACCUACCGAAGUGGCAGCUGGACGCACACCAGGGGGCGGAGUGGUUUGUGUUCGAGAGGUCGAGCUCUCUGGAGCAGCUGCAGCGAAAGUUCGAGGCGAUCCAGGGCAUGCACGACCCCAAUUUUCUGGCGUCGUUCGCGUCUAGGGCACCCUACCAUGCCGACGCACUCCUGCAGCUUGGAAUGGUGUUUGCACACACGGGGCAGGCAAGCAUGGAUCGUGCGUCCGAGUUUGUCGGGCGCUCCCUGUAUGUCCUCGAAAGCGCUACGAUGGAGGCGUUCAGGCCGGUGGACGGAGCUUGCCGCCUGGAUGCCACCCUCGAAGUCAACAAGACCUACUUCGCGGCGAUGUUCAGGCACAUGCAGAUGGCAGGCAUGGUGGGUGGGGCGCGCACGGCGCUAGAAGUGUGCCGACUGCUGCUGUCGCUCGAUCCGCUCGGUGACCCCAUGGGCUGCUUGCUGGCUCUGGACAGCCAUGCUCUGGCCAGCCGCCAGGGCGAGUUUCUGAUAGAGCUCCAUCGGUCGAAGCUUCCCGUCGGCCGCUCGCCUUCCCGCGCCGCGGAGGCUUUCGCGUCUGGAGCGGAUGUAGACGGAGGCGUAUGCGUCACCGUCCAGGACUUGCCGGGCCUCAGCAUGUCGGUGUGCCUCGCCACGCUGGAUACCACGGGAGAUUCCACCGCUGCCCGAGAAGCCAUGGCGUCGACCCUGCUCCGUUUCCCCAUCAUGCUGGAGCCUCUCCUGGAAAAGUGCGGAGUGACUCCUCGUUCAACAACCUACCCACACGACUGGAAAUCGGUCAUGCAGCAUCCUCACUUCGGAAGAGCGAAGGAUCGGCUCCCGGCAGGACAUGUCUUGCUUCACCUCGCGAGAAUAUUUGCCCAGAGGGGCGGCGAGCUUUGGAAGCAUGAGCGGGCGGAGGAGCUCCUUUACGAUGGAGCUGGGAUCGCACUGCAGGGUCUACCCUCGACGCCGGCGACGCGAGAGGCAGCCGGCGCAGGGGCAGAGGAGGCGGGCAUAAUCUACGCCGAUUUUUGCCCCAGCGCAGCCGAGGUGGAGGUUGUCCAACGCGCCUACGGCGAGGGGUCUCCCAUCCAAAAGUACCUCGACCUAGCGCUCUCAGACUUCGAUGAGUCCUUCGCGCUUCUCCCGCAAGACGCUAACAUCCUGGACCCGCGACUGAUGGGCCCGAACUUCAUGAACGAGCGGGUGCGGUUGCGUGUGCCACCGGGAGUAGUCCCGGGGGGUGGUGGCGAGCGUGGCUGGGGUGGCGGCCAGGAAGUCUUGGACGAGGUGCUGGCGAUGGCGAUGCAAGUGAUCGGUAGGCAGGAUGCGGCAGCGAGAAUGCGGCGGCAGGGGAGGGGAAGGGGACGCGGAGCGGCGGACGGGAACCUGAGCCCUUCGUCCCCGCUGGCGCAGCUGUUUUGGCAGACGCUGUUGCCGUGGAAUGUGUUCCCGACGCCUUUGCGCCCGACGCCUCCCCCCCCUCGUUGGCUGUGACGGUAUUGUUUUCACGUGUCGUGGUUUUUCGCGACGUGUUUGUCCGUUUCUGUGGUAUGGGCGUGUGCCGUGGCGUGUCGUUCGGCAAGAAGAGCGGUUUUUUCCUGGCCGGCCUGAUUGUUGGUCGGUUGUUGAGCGUGUGACGGCGGUGUAUUAAGCUCGAUUUGUGAUUCGUUCGACGGAAGUCAUGGUUGGGAUGGUUUUUGGAUGUAUCAACAACGUGUCGUCGAUUUGUAGUGUGUGGGCGUGUAGUUCAGUUGUGAGCACGCAAACGUGCUGCAGGGAUUGCAGGUGUACCUCCUCGGGCUUGCGUACCCUUUCCUUGCUAAUAGCGUGUGUGUUCUUUGGUCUUCUGAUGGCCCUAGCAUUUUUGUGACCACGGACCGAGUCUUUGCUAGAUUUUGGGAUUAGCAACUGA